CCCCCCGUCAAUUCCCCCGCAUCCCGCUCGCCGCGCCGCCGGCCGGGCGCGAUGCCGCACGUGGAGAUGCUGCUGCUGGCGGCCGCGGCGCUGUGGGUGUGCGUGCGCGGGCAGGAGCCCGGCGCCAAGGCGGUGGCCGAUCGCUACGCCGUCUACUGGAACAGCACCAACCCCAGAUUCCAGCGGGGUGACUACCACAUCGAUGUCUGCAUCAAUGACUACCUGGAUGUGUUCUGCCCUCACUAUGAAGACUCAGUGCCAGAAGAUAAGACCGAACGCUAUGUUCUGUACAUGGUGAACUUUGAUGGCUACAGCUCCUGUGAUCACACCUCCAAAGGGUUCAAGAGGUGGGAGUGUAAUCGGCCACAUUCCCCGAAUGGACCAUUGAAGUUCUCGGAAAAGUUCCAGCUCUUCACGCCCUUCUCACUAGGAUUUGAGUUCAGGCCAGGCCGGGAAUAUUUCUACAUCUCUUCUGCGAUCCCAGAUAAUGGAAGGAGAUCCUGUCUAAAGCUUAAGGUCUUUGUGCGACCAGCAAACAGCUGUAUGAAAACUAUAGGUGUUCAUGAUCGUGUUUUCGAUGUUAACGACAAAGUAGAAAAUUCAUUAGAACCAGCAGAUGAUACCGUACAUGAGUCAGCCGAGCCAUCCCGUGGUGAGAACGCGGCACAGACACCAAGGAUACCCAGCCGGCUUUUGGCAACUCUAUUGUUCCUCCUGGCAAUGCUUUUGAUAUUAUAGCACAGUAUGCUCCGGCAACCUGUCGCAGAAAAUAUCAGGGUCUUGGAACAUCAAAGAUCCACCUAACUGCUCAUCCCAGGAAAGGGACUUUAUUGUUUUUGCAGAUGUCAAAUUGUUAUUUUUCCCUUUUCCCUUUUCUUCUCCCUUUUAGCCUGAACUCAGCAAAAAUUUGAAGGGGAUAACUAGCUUCAGCACCCAUCCCUACCUACCCUGUGACUUUCUUAACCCCUCCAUAUAAAUAAAAGGACUCCAAAUGAAAAUGCCAAACUAUAAUAGUGACACUAGUGAUUCUUAUUUUCCUCUGCAUUCUCCUUUAAGAAGUCACCUCUGUUAGCUCACUGUGUCAUCCGUUAUGUGGACAAGGAAUAAUAGUGGCAGAUGCAGUCAGUGAAGGAUAAGGAAAGUGAGUGAAAGCCUGGGAGAGUUUUUCUCUCUGAUACAAUAUUUAUGCCUUCUCGUUCAGCACUGUAAGAUGAUCAUGCAAGGCAUCGUGUCACCAUGUCAGGACUGGAGGGGAAAUAUUAAGAAUAGAUAUAAUACAACACUAUUUCCUCCAGGAGUUUCUAAAUGAACAGGCUUCUGAAAAGGAAAGAUGAUGUUUCUCAUAGAACUGUCUUGAACAUCUUUGACAGUAAAAUUUGUGCUCACAAGUAGAGAUGCUGUCUUUGGUGAAAGGAAGAAGUUAGUAUUUAGGAAUGUUAGCACACAGCAGGCAAGGUCAGAUUUAGGAAACUUCACUGGGGGUGUGAGUGCCUCUGUUAUUUCGUUUUAAGGGGAUAAUGCACACCGGAUUAUUUUAUUUUAAAACAAAUCACCGUGGUGCUACAAUUUUUUUCUUGAAAUGCAGAGGCACUUUUGAGAAUAAAGUGACCUUCCCCAGCGCUGACUUAGUAGCUGAUAGCCUUGGAUGCUGCUCUGGGUGUUAAUACAUGCUAAGAGAGGACAUCAGUAGCCAGAGGAAACAUGUUUGGGACAAAGGAUCUCCAGUGUGCUCUUGAUUUGUCUCUCCUGCAAGUUCCUCAGUCAUGGGAAUAAACCACAUGUAGAAGAAGUCAGGACACUCUAGUAGCAUUGUUUGGUGGGGGGGAAGAAAAGAAGUGUGGAAUACAAAUUCAAGUCUUGAUUUUUUAUCUUUUCCCCUUCCAGCACAGUUUGAAGAGUAGAAGAAACGUGUUUAUCAGCCAGAGAUAAACUAGAUGGGCUCCCAAAGACUUAACAAAAUAUUUUUUUAAAAAUCCACUAGAAUAGAAAAUACAUUAUUUAGAUAUACUUUAUGCUGAGAGUGAGUAUAUAUGCUUGUCCUAUUUAAACAUGUGAGAGAAGUGGUAACCCUUGAUGCAAUUAGGAAAUGGGACUGUCUUGUUUGAUGGAAUUAGGAGUUGACCCUGCUUAAGGAAUCUGAGCCUUGGCUAACGUAGAACUUAAAAAAUCAUUUGCCAGGAAGUGCAAGCCUUGGGGUAAUUUUUGGCUAGGCUGCCAUAAAAUUUGGACUGCUAAGCAUAAUCAGGGAUAUAUCAGACCAAGACUGAAACAGAGCUUUUCUAACAAAACUUGUGGUAAUUAUGUUAAAUGUGAAACAAAACACAGAGUGAAUUCAAGCAAAACAAGGGUUUUCUAUAUUAAUUCUGAAGAAAAAGUCUGCCAUAACAAAAAUGAGCAAUUGCAUUAAUGAACAGCACUUUUUUUUCUUUUUUAUUUUUUUUUAAAUGAAGAAAAGCUUUCAGAAGUUCAAGCAGCCCACUAUUCAAAAUAGGAGGGAAGGGGGGAAAUAUAUUUAAGAUGUAAAGGGAGGUUUAUGCAUGCUAGACUAUGAUCUGGGCUUGCCUGAUAUCGUACGACACGGUCAUUAAUGGAGGGCCUGUGCUUACAGGAGGAAAGUAGGAAAUUUCCUCUAGUGUGAAGUGCACACAAUAAAGUUAUGUAGUCUAAACAGUGAGGGAAGUCAUCAUCUCAUUACAGGCUAUCCGGUACUUUUCUCUCUUUAAUGUAGAUGUGCUUGGUACACACAUUAAUACUUCCUGUAGGUAGGAAUUAAAAAGCUUUGGAUGAGGUGAGCUUAAUCAAAAUGCACCUUAUCAAAUGGAUUAUUAAUCACAGUACAGAUAAUACUGCAUGAUAGGUAACCAUAUUAAAAUGAUUCAUAGCGAUUGCAGGCAGUCAUACCAGUAGCACCAAUUUAAUGUAGAAAUGGUGACUUCAUUUUUCAUCCUUUGUCUCUGAAUGAUGUAGGACUUCAAGACAUACGUUUAUCCACAGCAAAGGAUUUUCGCUAGUGUUACUCCUGAUGAAAUUCACCCCUUCGUUUUAUCACAAAGCCGUGCUGGGUAGCUGGGGAACCACAUGAGUGAUACAGCUAUAAGGCAGGUCCCUGAGCUGCCUGGCAUGACUGGGCACCUACCAGACACUGUCAGUUUGAUGCUUGAUGGCAUCAGGCAAUCCCAGUCAUAACAAGUACAUAAAUGCUGAUGGGCUUUCCGUUGUGUUGCAAAUCUCUGGUUGCUUUAAAUGCAGAUUUUGGUGCAAAUUGAAGAGAUUUCUACUCCCUUCCCCUUUAUCUGGUGGCUUACUUACCCAGAUGACCUGCACUCCUGGCUGCCAAGGGCAUUGCAAUGUGAAGCAGGGAAAAUAGGGAUCAGUCAGUUUAGUGGAUACUGUGUAUCCUUUAAUAGACAAGGUAACAUUUCGUGUUAGUUUAGAAUAUUGUUUUGUACUGUACUUACUUGGAUGGCAAAGGAAAGACAAGUAAAACUUAAAGCUAUGUUCUUUAAAUUCUGUAUUAUUAGCAACCUCUGUUGUAUAUAGUGUUUGAUAAUAAAGUAUUAAUUUGAUUCUUAUGUCUUUUGUAAGUGAGAACAAUAGACUUUCAGGAUAUUAAAAUCACACGUUGAUUACAAGACAGAGCUUUGAAGCAUCAAGUGUGAUCAUGGCUGAGAACUGAGAGACAAGUGGCCAUGACACUGCAGCAUACAGGACUCAUCUUUGAAAAUCGUUCAUCUGUUGCAAGACUUCACAAUGUCAAGACCUGGAACAACAUGACUUUUGAUGAUCAAUGUUUUGUCCUCAGUGUUUAAAGGUCUGAUGUUGGAGCCCUGUGGUUUCUGUGUUAGUUUUUGUUCUUUUGUAUCAUGUUUGUUUCUAAAAAGCCUUUGGGGAUACACAACUCUUCUGUUAUUUUGUUUGUUUCAUUUUUCUUUUUUUUUUUUCUCCUGUUUUUCUUCUGGUUUUGUUUCCAUUAAUAGUUUUUUUUCCAGAAAGGAUCUUGCCAGUGUCAUGUGCGAUAUAUGUAUGUACUUGGUUCCAAAAGAACUAGAAACAAAUUUGGGAAGAAUUGAGAGUAGAUGAGUAGAUUGUUUCCUUUCCUAUAUAAUUGUGGAAGGAAAAUGGUUCUAUCUGUACCUGUUGAUUCCCACCCCUAACCCUCAAAACUGAACUUAAUCCAUUGCUUUGUGAGAGCAAUGGUUCAGUCACUUUCAGAGGCUUAGAGUGUUAACUCUUUCCCUCCUUUCAUUAUGCUUGGAUUUUGUAAUCACCAGUUUUAAUGUACAACCCUCCACACUUCUCUUCCCUCUUCCUGCCCUUCCUCCUCUCCCACCCUCCUCCUUUUUUAAUUUGGAGCUGUGAAUGGGCAGAUCUGUUUCUGGUCUGGCAUCACUGAGUUUUUCCCAUGCAUUCGCCCUCGAGCUUCUCGGAUGUGAGACAAAUCUCCCUACAAUAGGCUUGCUGCCAUUGUCUGUACAGUUUAAUAGAUGCUGGCAUGUUGGAGGUUACCCAUGAGUCUGCGAAAUCCGCUUUCCAUGCUUACUCUUGACACCCCAUUGAAGACACUCAUUGUGUAUGCAUCUGGGUAUGAAAGUCCAGCUCAGUGUGGUCCUGUGCUUGUACUGCCCUGCUUUGCAGUUUCUUUGCACUUAUUCAUUGAGUGCUGUUUUUGAAAUGCUUACAUUAUAUGAACUUAAAAUAAAAUGUUAAAAAAAACCCCACCCCAAAUCCCUGCCCCAUAAGAUCUGUAUUUGUAUAUACACGUGUCCGUACAAUUAUACUUAAAUAAAAUUAAAGAUUUUCAUCA